AACAUGAAAUAUAAAUAACAUGGGUCAUGGGAGUUAUGGGACAUGCUUGCCUGUUUGCCUUUAAUAAAAAAGUUUUUGAUUAGGUGGGUGGGAACGGUGGGAAUCAGUCAACAGACUCAUGACCACCAACCACUGUCACAAUAGAGCGCUGGGUUUAGUCUGAGGUCCAUUUUCAUGUCAUUUCCUCACACUUUUCCUCGGUAAACGUUAUUCUUCACCGAUUAGUUGGCGGUGCUACUUUUUUAAACUUAAUCUAACCUAACCUUAAACGAUUUUAAUAACCCCUUAAAGUCUCUAUCUAAACCCUAAAACAUUUUGCCACAAAUUUAAAAAUGAGCACCGCUAAUUAAUCGGUGGAUAAUAACGUUAUUUUUUUCCUCAUCAUGUGAAUUGCCCCCUGACCAUGGCCUCGCCCUCGCUCACGCCCUCAAACUGGUGGGUGGCCCUCGUUGCGGGUGGAUUAGCCGGGACCGCCGUAGAUGUAAGCCUCUUUCCCUUGGACACCAUCAAAACCCGUCUUCAAUCUGGGCAGGGAUUUGGGCAAGCCGGGGGAUUCCGCUUGCUGUACGCGGGUCUGGGCCCGGUCUUGGUGGGAUCCGCGCCCAACGCCGCCCUUUUCUUUGUCACCUAUGAAAGCGUCAAGUCCCAUUUGUACACCCUCGAUUCCGAUGUCCAAUGGCGUGUACCCAUUCAGAUGGCCAGCGCGGCGGCCGGGGAAGCUAUGGCUUGUGUAGUCCGCGUGCCCGUGGAAAUCGUCAAACAAAGACGUCAAGCCGGUGCGAAUCUCAAGCCUCGAGCUAUCAUCCGCGACAUAAUCCGCCAUGAAGGCGGCUUAGGGCUUUACCGUGGCUACACCACGACCUUACUCCGGGAGAUUCCCUUUGCCUUUAUUCAGUUUCCUCUGUGGGAGUGGCUCAAAGCCCGUUGGUCGGCCUCCCAAGUCAUGGAGCCGCUUCGACCAUGGCAGAGCUCAUUGUGCGGAGCCGUGGCCGGCGGCACCAGUGCCGCCUUGACUACACCUUUGGAUGUGGCUAAAACGCGCAUCAUGCUCGCUGCUCGCGGAUCUCAGCUGGCCCAGAAUCCAAGCACAAUAUUGGCAUUACAAACGGUUUGGCGCGAGAGCGGUGCUACUGGGCUGAUGGCCGGGGUCACUCCGCGAACCCUUUGGAUAUCUGUUGGAGGAGCCAUUUUCUUUGGCGUCUACGAGAAAGCUAAAACGAUUUUCGGCUCAUGAUGGCAAAGAAUAGGUGGUGCUACCAAAAAAAAAUGACGCUUAUCUAGUCUUAUUUGUAAGCAGGUUUAAUAGAAGAGACCAAUUCAAGCAUU